AUGCAUAGGAUAAAUCAGACCUUUGUAAAAGAAUUCAUUCUUCUGGGUCUUUCUGGACACCCUAAACUUGAGAUCAUUUUCUUUGUUCUGAUCCUGGCUAUGUACUUAGUGAUUCUAACUGGCAAUGGUGUUCUGAUCCUAGCGAGCGUCUUUGAUUUCCGUCUUCACACUCCCAUGUACUUCUUCCUGGGAAACCUCUCUUUCCUGGAUCUGUGCUACACGGCUACCUCUGUUCCCUCAACACUAGUGAGCCUAAUCUCAAAGAAAAGAAACAUUUCCUUCUCUGGCUGUGUCUUGCAGAUAUUCUUUGGUUUUGCAAUGGGAGCAACAGAAUGUUUCCUCCUGGGCAUGAUGGCUUUUGAUCGCUAUGUGGCCAUCUGUAACCCUUUGAGAUACACCAUCAUCAUGAACAAGAGGGUAUGCACGCUGAUGGCAUCUGUGUCAUGGCUCUCUGGUCUACUAAAUUCAGUUGUACAAACAUCUCUUGCCAUGAGAUUGCCUUACUGUGGGAAUAACGUUGUUAAUCAUUUCUUGUGUGAAAUCUUAGCUGUCCUCAAGUUAGCUUGUGCUGACAUAUCCCUCAAUGUUGUUACUUUAGCUGUGUCAAACAUGGCCUUCCUGGUUCUCCCACUGCUGGUCAUCUUUUUCUCCUAUAUGUUCAUCCUCUACACCAUCUUGAGAAUGAACUCGGCCACAGGGAGACGCAAGGCCUUUUCCACCUGCUCAGCUCAUCUGACUGUGGUGACCAUAUUUUAUGGUACCAUUUUCUUUAUGUAUGCAAGACCCAAGUCUCAAGACCUCUUUGGGAAAGAUAAUUUUCAAGCUACAGAGGGGCUUUUUUCUGUGUUUUAUGGGGUAGCAACCCCCAUGUUAAAUCCUAUCAUCUACAGUUUAAGGAAUAAAGAUGUCAAAGCUGCUGUGAAAUAUUUGUUGUGUGGCAAAGCUGUCAAGCAAAAACCCCAAAUAAAAAUGUAA